UCAUAUGUAAAGUACAAACGCGCUCUCUUGUCGCCGACACAAAUGUUAAAAACAAUAAAUAUGGUUCAACUUCUUGACAAAGGCCGCGGUUAAACACUUUGCACAAACCGAUCCGGGCAAUGGCGUUGACCAGUACGCUGUUGCUCUCGUUGUGCGCUAAUUGGCCACCGCCAAACACUACUGCGGUGACCACUUUACCGCCCCCUUGGAAAUGGAUUUCCGGUAACGCAGCCAAGGCGAUCUACAACAAGGGGUAUCACUGUGAUUUGAAAAAUAAUGUACAAAUCCGAAACGAAAUCUUACGGGGCAAACGUCUGAAGAUCGCAACCUUUCCGGACACAGGACCACUGAGCUGGGUGACGACAGAACCGAACGGUACACUCAUCGGUCACGGUAUAGCUUUCGAAAUCGUGGAAACUCUCCGGCAACGAUACGGAUUCACCUACGACGUUGUGGUGCCCACCAGGAAGACGCUGUUGAAAGAGAACGGAAGCAUCGUGUACAUGUUAGUGCAAGGGGACGUGGACAUGGUAGCGGCUUUUUUACCGAUACUGCCCGGAUUAGAUCACUUGGUCAAAUGGGGAAUCGAACUCACCCAGUUUCAAUUCGUUGUGCUCAUGAAGAGGCCCAAAGAAAGCGCCACCGGGUCCGGUUUACUGGCGCCUUUCGAGUCCGAGGUUUGGUUGUUAAUACUGUUAUCGCUAAUAGCGGUUGGCCCUAUCAUCUACGGCAUUAUGCUGUUGAGACACAAGCUCUGCGGACGCGAGUCUACCGUGUAUCCCAUACCCACGUGCGUUUGGUUCGUCUACGGCGCGCUAAUGAAACAAGGGUCGUCGUUGAAUCCGGACACGGAUUCGGCCAGGCUGAUUUUCGCUACUUGGUGGAUCUUCAUAAUGAUACUGACCUCUUUCUACACGGCCAACUUGACCGCUUUUCUCACGCUUUCCAAAUUCACGUUGCCCAUCCAAAGCGUGGACGACAUAGCAAACGGCGGUUACCAGUGGGUGGCCACAGAGGGCAGUGCGAUUGAAUACGCCGUCAAGGUGGACAGCGACCUGAUGCCGCUCAAGCACUCCAUGUACGACGGCAACGGUGUGUUUGUCGACAAUUUGGAUUUGGAAAACAUUCUAAACAUCAUAUCGUCCGGUAAGUUGCUGUUGCACGACAGGAACUGGCUUAAUUUUCUAAUGUUGAACAUCGAACGGUCCAUUACGGAGGACAAGAAACGAUGCCGUUACGUGUUGACGACCGACUCGUACUUGACUAGGUCCAUGUCAUUCGUCUACCCCAAAGACAGCAUUCUACCGCCACUGUUUAAUCCCAUAAUGCUGUCGUACAUGGAGUCCGGCAUUAUUAAACACCUGCAGACCAAAGACUUGCCGGAAGCGGUGAUUUGCCCGCUAAACUUGGGCAGCAAAGAGCGGCAACUGCGCAACUCCGACUUGUUCACCACGUACGCGGUGGUCAUUUGCGGGUUCUCGAUCGCCGCCGCCAUUUUCACCGUGGAGCUGGUGUCCACCAGAACCGGUUGGUACGUGGAAGCGGACUUUUCGCGGCACAGACGGCGCGACGGCGUGCGCGGCGAGAUAGCCGGCUACGGUAAACCGAUCAAGUGCAUGUACCCGUUCAGUCACCGCAAGAACAUAGAAUCGGCGCACUUCAGCUUCAACGGACGCGAAUAUAUGGCGGCCAAAGAGGGAACCAACAAUGGCGGCGGCUUGGGCAUCAUUCCGGUUCGAGUGCCUUCGUCGCUGCUGUUCGACAAGACGUUUCGAUGGUUUCGCAAUUAAGAGGGCGUCGCACCGGUGAUUUACAGUGGUAAAAACAUGUUUAAGC